AUGAAUAAAUCAACGAUCAAUCCUUCUAAUUCUAAUAAAACCAAUUUUAAUACUCAACCAACUAUGACUCUUCGAAAUACUCGACCUGUUAUAACCCUUCGAAGAGGCAGAAGCAAAGGAACGAUUGACGUAACAAGCGAAACACCUUCCAACAUCAAUUCUACCAAUAAUAGCGGUACUUCUGAUAGCACAAAUUUAAAUACUGCAAAUAAUCAACCUACUAUAAUCCUUCGAAGGGGUAGGAGCAAAGGAAAUAUUAAUAUAAUGAGCGAAACACCUACCAACAUAAAUUCUAAAACAAAUAAAUCCGGUGCCUCAAAUGUAACAAAUUUAAACGCUACAAAUAAUCAACCUACUAUAACCCUUAGAAGGGGUAGGAGCAAAGGAAAUAUUAAUAUGACAAACGAAACACCUACCAACAAAAAUUCUAAAACCAAUAAAGCCGGUACCUCAAAUGUAACAAAUUUAAAUACUACAAAUAAUCAACCGACUAUAACCCUUCGAAGGGGUAGGAGCAAAGGAAAUAUCAAUACAACAACAACAAAUGAAGGUUCAUCUACUUCUUCAAGAAAAAGAAAGACAGCUGAAAAUGAACCAGAACAACCAAACCCAAAACGUGGCCGAGGAAGGCCACGAAAAAACAUUGAACCUCAACCUCCACAACCAACAUCACAGCAAAAACUCUUUACCACAAUUUCAACACGAACCCGAACCCAAAAGCGAACCACAACCACCACAGCUCGAACCACAACCCCAACCCCAACCACAGUCUUUACCCCAAUUUCAACUCGAACCACAACCCCAACCACAUCUUUACCCCAAUUUCAACCCGAACCACAACCACAACCACAGUCUUUACCACAAUUUCAACUCGAACCGCAACCACAUCCACAUUCUUUACCACAAUUUCAACUCGAACCACAACCACAACCACAUGGUUAUUCUGGUGUAUUUGGAUCGGGGACCAAAUACACCGGAAAUUCAUUGAUGGGAGGUUUCGUUGGCUCACAAAAUUCCAUUUUCGAUGAGCAACCUGCACGAAAUGAUGAAGAAGAGAAAAGUCAAGAUAAGGAGAGUGGUGCAGAAGAAGAACGAACUUUAUUCCAGCAACAAGAAGAAGAGAAUGAGGUUACAACAUAUUCAGUUAGAGCGAAAUUAUACUAUAUGGAUGAACAAACAUGGAAAGAAAGGGGUGUUGGAAACUUGAAACUUAAUUACUCAAUAAAUAAUGAACAAUCACCUCGCUUAGUCAUGCGAACUGAUAAUGUUCUGAAAGUGAUCUUAAACAUCGCAUUAUUUCCUGGAAUGCGUGUUGAAAGAUCACAAGAAAAAUUUCUAAGACUAUUUGUAUAUGAGGAUAAACUUGUUCAAAUAGCAAUUAAGUUGACUAAUUCAAAUGCAGCCGAUGAUUUAUAUGAAGCUAUCAUGGCUGCAAUCCCUCAAUCACUUCCCCAAAUAACUUCUCAGAUGUCAUUUUAA